AUUCAUAUGGAAGUAUAAAUUGAACUUCAUCAAAAAGGUCAUUCAUGACUGCAACUUCACUAUUGAGAUUAAAGCAACAGAUUAUUUCCUUAGGGAAACAUGGAAGCCUAAUAGUCAAUCAACCGUCAAGGUGAACGAAUGUGGAAUAUGUCCGCUGUUUUACCUAGGAUAAUAGAUAAUAGCAGCAAACAGACGAAGAUGGAUGACUAGUUGUUCCAUACAUUUGGUAGACACAAACUCAGAAACAUCAUUUUCUGCACUUCAAGGAGAACACAAGUCACAAAUUUUCAGAGGCUGCUCAUUUCAUUUGAAUUUGUGAUUUAUCGAUGUUGUAGGCAUGCAAUAGUUAGUUGUGGCUUCACGUUUAAUUUGAAAAAGAGAAUAGUAGAACAUUGAAAUUUCUGCCCAUCAAAUUUGACUUUCCCUGUUGAAAAGAAUGAUUUAGUUUUUAGCCACCGCAUCUCAUUUUCAAGGAUAAUGCAUGUUUUUAAAAGUAAAUAAUGAAUGGCUCUCUAGAUUAUCAAAAAGAUAAAAAAAAAAAGAAAGAGUGGUUCUCUAGCUUUGUUGUUUCGGUUUUUGCAUGACUUAACUGAUGCUAAGUCAAGCAGUGAACAUGAUAGAAAAUACAUGGAAUGGAAGUUUCAUGACAAAGUAUUUAUAAACGUUCAAGCUAAAGGAAAAAUGCACAAAACCAACAAGAAACAAUAAAGAAAUUCAGCUCUGUCCAAUUCUGCUAUACUGCUAUUGCUAUGUCUGUUCUAAAGUAUGAUGUGUUCCUGAGUUUUAGAGGAGAGGAUACUCGUGGCAACUUCACAAGUCAUCUUCAUAAAGAAUUGUGUAGGAAAAACAUUAAAAUAUUCAUAGUUUAUGGACUUGAGAGAGGUGAUGAGAUUUCCCAAGCACUGUACAAAGCAAUAGAAGAAUCAACAAUUUAUGUGGUCAUUUUGUCAGAACACUAUGCUUCUUCAAGUUGGUGCUUAGAUGAACUGACAGAGAUACUGAAAUUUAAGGAGAGAUAUGGAAGGCAAGUCAUACCGGUGUUCUAUAAGGUGGAUCCAUCAAAUGUUAGGCAUCAGAGACAGAGUUAUGCAGAUGAUUUAGUUAAGCAUCAUCAACGAUUUGGUGGCAAAGUGGAUACGUGGAAGGCUUCUCUAACCCAAGUAGCUGGACUUUCAGGCUGGGAUUCACAAGCAACCAGACCAGAAAGCACACUUGUUACAGAGAUUGUGAAAGAUAUUUCGAAAAAAUUGAACAAUUGUUUCUUAAGUGAUCCUGAAGGAAUAACUGGAAUUGACAUGCAUAUUGAACAAAUUCAAUCCUUGUUGUGCCUCGAGUUACCGACUGUUUGUAUCAUAGGAAUAUGGGGCAUGGGAGGGAUAGGCAAAACAACAAUUGCCAAUGCAAUCUUUGAAAUACUUGCAACUCAGUUCAGUUCCAAAAGCCUUAUUCGAAAUGUUAAACAAGAAAUAGAAAGAGUUGGACUAUCCCAUGUAAAAAAUGAAUACUUAUCACAACUUCUAAAUGAAAGAAUUGCAUCCUCUGAAUCCAAUUCUUACGAUCAAAGGCUGAAACGAACAAAGGGUCUCAUUGUUUUUGAUGAUGUGAAAGAUGCAGAUCAACUUAAAGAUUUAAUUGGAACACAUCGUAAGUUUGGCCAGGGGAGUAGAAUUAUUAUGACUAGUAGAGACAGGCAAGUGCUUGAGAAUGCCAAUGCUGAUGAAAUAUAUCAAGUUAGGGAAAUGGAUUAUCAAGAUUCUCUACAACUCUUCUGUUUAUUAGCCUUUAAACAAAACCAUCCAAUAGAAUCUUUUGCGAGCUUAACAGAAAAGGUUUUAGAUUAUGCCAAAGGGCUUCCAUUAGCUCUCAAAGUUUUGGGCUCAUUGCUUUAUGGAAGAACAAAGGAAGCAUGGAAAAGUGAGUUGCAAAAGCUGGAAAAGCUUCCCGAUCUUAAAAUUUUUAGAUUGUUGAAAUUAAGUUAUGAUGGACUUGAUGAAGAACAAAAGGAUAUAUUUCUUGACAUAGCUUGCUUCCAUAGAGGAGAAUUGGAGAAAGAUGUAGCACUAACAUUGAACUCUUGUGGUUUCUUUGCUUACAUCGGAAUGGAUGUUCUCAAAGAUAGGUGCCUUAUAUCUAUUUCAGAUGAUACUAUUUGGAUGCAUGAUCUAAUACAAGAAAUGGGGCAUGAAAUUGUACGGCUUCAAGGUGUCAAUGAUCCUGGAAAACGCAGUCGAUUAUGGAAGUAUGAGGAUGUUUAUGAUGUUAUAAGAACAAGGGAACAGAUGAGAUCCAGUGUAUAUUUUGUGAUAUAAUGGAAAUAAAGAAAGAAGUUCCACUCCUCGUACAUGCUGAAACUUUCAGGAACAUGAAUAAUCUUAGAAUGAUCCAAUUCAGGCGUAACAUAUUUGAUGACCAUAGAGAACAACUUAAUUUGCUCAAAAAAUGGACAAUUUCAGCAUAUAACUAUAGAGAAGAACUUAAUUUGGAUGAUUUCCUUUGUCCGUUUCUUGAAAGCCUUCCGGAUGGCUUAAAACUUCUUCAUUGGGAUUGCUUCCCUCAAAGAUCUUUUCCACUAGACUUUUGCUCAAAGAAUCCUGUUUCACUUGUUAUGCGUUGUAGCGAUCUUGAACAACUUUGGGAGGGGAAUCAG